UCUCGAAUCUAAACUUUGUUCACAGUAGAUCGAAAACACUUUGAGCUCAUGUUUAGAACUCGAUCACGGGAAGUUUAUUUGGACCACAGCUAAAGCGUAUAACGCCCUCACCGCAAUCCCACAGAUGUCCGAUAUUAACUUGGCUGCCUUCAACGCUUUUCGACGGGACCUGGCCCGCAUACAAAAGACUUUCAGCUCGUAUACACAAACGGAUUUCACGCACGAGGUUGGGACAAGCACCGAUUCGGAGUAAAG